CCCCAGUUCAGUACGUCUUUGCAGGUCUUCUCCUUUUCACUAAGAAAAUGUCUUGCUGUGGUGGAAACUGUGGCUGUGGUGCCGGCUGCAAGUGCGGCAGCGGAUGCGGCGGAUGUGGCAUGUACCCUGACUUGUCUUUCUCGGAGACCACAACCACUGAGACCCUCAUCGUUGGGGUUGCUCCUGUGAAGAUGUUCUCUGAGGGAUCUGAGAUGAACUAUGGAGCUGAGAACUGCGGCUGCGGAGCCAACUGCUCCUGCAACCCCUGCAAAUGUGGGAAGUGAAAUAUGAACGUACCCAGAUAAAGCAGCUAUGGUUAUCUGAAGUUAAAUAAGAAGACAACUUAGGUCUCUUUGCUGUAAAUAAGAAAGCCAAGGCUAAUACAAAAAUCCUCUGCUGGAUUUUGUUGUAGAGCCUUGGCUAGUCGGUGUCUUUGUAAGGUUUGCGUUGCCGCUGCUUUUAAUAUUGGGAGUUCCAUGUAUUUGUAUUUCUGAAAGGAGUGGGUGGAUCUGUGAAAAUCAAUAGAGUAAUGCAUCUCCUUUCAAUAAUUAUGCUGUACUAUUGCUAUACUUUUGUUUCUCUGAAUUUGUGUCAUGUUGUUUUCAUAAUUUGAAGUUAGGUGGAUCUGAAAAUCCUUUCUGACCUAAUCUUCUUAUCUUCUUGGGAGACGUGUAUGUUUUUUAAUUUUUAUGUAUAGAUAUUCUAAAUUUCCUGCUAAAGAUGACAAGAGUUUGUCUU